AUGCCUCCCUCCGCCGUCAUGCACCGCGACCUGCGCGCCGUUCCCCAGCGAGCCGUCGGCGGCCAGGGCUGCUACGUCCUGCUCCACGACGGCCAGCGCCUGCUCGACUCCACCGGCGGCGCCGCCGUCAGCUGUCUCGGCCACGGCAAUUCCCAGGUCGUCGAUGCCCUCAAGCGCCAGCUCGACGUCCUGCCCUACUGCCACACCCUCUUCUUCGGCACCGACGUCUUCGAGGAGCUCGCCGACCUGCUGCGUGACUCCACCGCCGGCGCCAUGGCCCGCCUCUUUGUCGUCUCGUCGGGCUCCGAGGCCAUGGAGGCCGCCAUGAAGCUCGCUCGCCAGUACUUCCUCGAGCUGCCCACCCCCCAGCCCGCCCGCACUCGCUUCAUCGCCCGCCGCCACUCCUACCACGGCGUCACCCUCGGCGCCCUCUCCAUGGGCGGCCACGUCUUCCGCCGCGAGCUGUUCGAGCCCCUCCUGCUCGGCAACAUCUCCCACGUCUCCCCCUGCAAUGCUUAUCGGGAUAAGAACCCCGGCGAGUCGGAUGCGGAAUACGUCGCUCGCCUGGCCGCGGAGCUGGACGCCGAAUUCCAGCGCGUCGGCCCCGACUCCGUCUGCGCCUUUGUCGCCGAGCCCGUCGUCGGCGCGGCCCUGGGCUGCGUCCCCGCCGUGCCCGGCUACUUCCCCGCCAUGAAGGCCGUCUGCGACAAGUACGGCGCCCUCCUCAUCCUCGACGAGAUCAUGUCCGGCAUGGGCCGCUGCGGCACCCUCCACGCCUGGGAGCAGGAGGGCGUCGUGCCCGACCUGCAGACCGUCGGCAAGGGCUUGGGCGGCGGCUACGCCCCCGUCUCUGGCGUCCUUGUUGGCACCAAGGUCGCCACCGCCCUCGAGCGCGGCACCGGCGCUUUCCGUCACGGCCAGACCUACCAGGGCCACCCGCUCGCCUGCGCUGCCGCACUCGCCGUGCAGAAGGUCAUCCGCGAUGAGAAACUGCUCGAGAACGUGCGCGCCAUGGGGGACUUGCUGGAGGCCAAGCUGCAAGAGUACGUGGGGGGGCACCCCAACGUCGGGAACAUCCGGGGCAAGGGCCUUUUCUGGGGUAUCGAAUUCGUCCAGGACAAGGCCACCAAGGAACCCUUUGACCCCAAACUCGCCGUGGGCAAUCGCGUGCAAAAUACCGCCCUGACGCCCAAGUACAGCUUCUCCAUCUACGCCGGCGGCGGCACGGCGGACGGGAAGCGCGGUGAUCACGUCCUCCUCGCUCCGCCCUACAACAUCACCCCGGACGAGGUGGAGCUGAUUGCGCGCUUGACGGCGGCCGUCAUUGAGGAUGUAUUUACAGAGGUCAAUAGCUCUCUUGCCGCCAGUAAAUAG